AUGAAAACUAAAAAAAUGACCACAUCGUCAGAGGACGUUCUUUUGAGUGUAGGACAUGUAAGAUAUAAAAAGGGCGAUGGCACUUUGUAUGUUAUGAACCAAAGAUUGGCUUGGAUGCUUGAGAACAGGGACACUGUAGCUGUGUCUCACAAGUAUGCAGAUAUAAAAACUCAAAAAAUCUCACCGGCUGGUAAACCAAAAGUUCAACUACAAGUGGUGUUACAUGAUGGGGCGUGUUCAACAUUUCAUUUUGUCAAUCCCGCCGGGGCAGAGGCGCAGGCUAAAGACAGGGACCAAGUUAAAAUGUUAUUACAGAAUCUAUUACCCAAGUUCAAGAGACAGAUAGAUGGAGAAUUGGAAAUGAAAUCUAAGCUACUGUCAUUACAUCCCACAUUAAAGCAUUUAUAUGAAGAUUUAGUUAUAUCGAAAGUUAUAAAUAGUGAAGAGUAUUGGAAUACGCCGACAUUGAAACAUUACACAGAAUCAACUAACAUGAAACAAGAGGCCGGUGUCUCUGGAGCAUUUUUAGCCGAUAUACAACCUCAGACUGAUGGAUGUAAUGGCCUUAAGUAUAACUUGACCCAAGAUAUUAUAGACGCGAUAUUCAAAACAUAUCCGGCAGUUAGGAAGAAACAUGUGGAUUAUGUGCCAAACAAGAUGACUGAGGCCGAGUUCUGGACUAAAUUCUUUCAAUCGCAUUACUUUCACAGAGAUCGUAUAAUGUCAUCAUCUAGUAAGGACUUAUUUGGGGAGUGCGCUAAACUUGAUGACCAAGCGAUUGCGUCCGCUAUGAAACACACAACCUUGGAUUUAACUGUGGAUCUACCCUCAUUCAAAGAACCAAUCCCUCUCUUACCCGACGAUGAAACACACGAAAAGGAAAAAGAUGGUACAUCGAUACACAGGAACAUGAUAAAAAGAUUCAACCAACACUCCAUAAUGGUGCUAAAAGCUAGUCAUAAAAAUUCCAAUAGCAGUAGUAGUAAAACAAAUAAAGUCGAGAAUGGUAUGAAAGAAACGAACGGCGUCGAAAAAAGGCCGAGUGCAGACAAAGAUGUAACAGAACCGGUUGAUAAGAAACGAAGAAUUAUGGAGAAAAUACACUACGAGGACUUAGAUAAUGUUGAUAAUAAUGAAGAUACUCAGGAAUUAAAACUGUCAAAGGUAGAAAGAUAUCUAUUAGGUCCGGCAUCUCAAGUGAGUCACACUGCAUCCACUUCAAAUAAUCCCCCACCGCUGUCUGCAUUGGCAUCUGUCUGUCAGGCGUGGAGUAGCGGUCAACAGUGUAGUCGCCCGGUGCGUGUUAGCGCGGCGGCCGCUGUGGGCGCUUUGGGAGAAUUGAGUCCGGGAGGAGCUUUGAUGAGGCAACACCACGCGGCUAGCAUGGCGCAGCUGGUUCCGCCGGCCGCUCGCCAGGAGCUCCAGCGUCUAUACCUGUCGUGUGGCGAGCUUCUUCGUGAACUGUGGCGUUGCUUCCCUCAGCCGGGCGCGCCUCCAGAUGACGACGCUGGAACCAGGGCAGAGAGGUUCUACGACGCUAUCAUGAGGUUCAGGAACCUUAAACUUAGGCCGUUUGAGGAAAAAAUGCUACGUGAUUUAACACCGUUGGCGUCGUCAUUAACAAGGCAUAUGAAUCAAAUGAUUGAAACAGCCUGCGCCAAAUACGCUGUUUGGCAACAGAGACAAGCAAAACUUCGGUAG